AUGGCCUCGCCCGCCAGUCCCGGGACACCUGGCGGGCCUCGCCCGCCCGUCCCGGGACACCUGGCGGGCCAUGCACGCCAUCCCCGUACCCCCAAAGGGACACCUGCGGGCCAACAACGCCCGUCCCGUAUGGGACACCUGGCGGGCUCGCCCGCCCCCUCCCGCACACCUGGCGGGCUUCGCCCGCCCCCCACGUCCCGGCACACCUGGAGGGCCACGCCAGCCCGCCCGUCCCACCCGGCACACCUGCGGGCCACGCCCGCCCGUCCACCCCGGGACGGGAACCUGGCUGCCUCGCCCGCCGUCCCGGGUCACCUGGCGGGCCUAGCCCCGCCCCCCCCCGUCCCGGGAACACACCCGGCGGGCCUCGCCCGCCCGUCCCGGGCACCUGGCGGGCAUCGCCCGCCCGUCCCGGGUCACUGGCGGGCCUAG